AACAAUAUUAAAUUAUAACGAUAAAGAACCAAAGACCGAAAAAACAUUCUCUAAAACUGUUUCUCGUGAACGGCGUCAAGUACGGGGUGGCUUAUGGCAUGCCUCAGCACCAGAAAUUGUGAAAACAAUCGAUUCAAUGUUUGCAUCUUCAACCACUAAAAUACCAAUACAGAUUAUACAGAACAAUAAUGAUCACAAUAUAUUUUCAACUACAACCGAAACGACUCAUAAAUAUAUAUUUCCAAAAAUGGUUCCCCGUGGAAAGCGUUCCGUAUCUGCAAAUAAAGUUAUACUUGUCACUGAGUUUUUCACGGAUUUCGAUUAUGAGGUAACAUAA